AGCGGCCGGGAAAGGAGGAGCUGUCUGUUUGCUUGGUCUUUGCCGGGGGCGCGCUGAACAUGGAGCUGUCUGCAGUCGGGGAGCGGGUUUUUGCCGCAGAGUCGAUCAUGAAAAGGCGUAUUAGGAAGGGGCGUAUUGAGUAUCUGGUGAAAUGGAAAGGCUGGGCUAUCAAAUACAGCACUUGGGAGCCAGAAGAGAAUAUCUUGGAUUCCCGCCUUAUUGUAGCUUUUGAGCAGAAGGAGAGGGAACAGGAAAUUUAUGGACCGAAGAAACGAGGCCCUAAACCAAAAACAUUCCUGCUUAAGGCCAGAGCACAGACUGAUGCCCUGCAAAUGAGCGAUGUUCAUUUCACCAUGAAGCCUGGGUCCAGUCCCUCUCCAAAGUUGCACUCCAGUGCAGCAGUUCAUCGUUUAAAAAAAGACAUCCGCCGCUGCCAUAGUAUGUCUCGUCGUCCGCUCCCUCGCCCAGAUCCCACUGCCCCAUCUGGAACAGGCUCUGGUAUGCGCCCCCCUGUUUCACCUUUUUCUGAAACGGUGCGCAUCAUCAACCGCAAGGCCAAGCCUAGAGAGCCAAAAAGAAAUCGCAUCAUCCUUAACCUCAAAGUCAUAGACAAAGGGACAAAGGCUCCUCUGGCUCGCCCAAAAAUUCCCUCCCGAAAUAGGGUGAUUGGUAAAAGUAAAAAGUAUAGUGAAAGUAUGCUUCGCAAUCAGAUACGCCAUCUUAAAUACGGGGCAUUUUCUCUUUAUAACAAUCCAGCUCUUUGUGGUCCUGAAAGGGCUAAAGAUGGUGAUGAAGCUACCCAAGAAGGCCUGGCUGAUGACAGUUCUAGUACUUCUGGGUGCCCCUCUCCUGCACCAUCUGAUGACCGCCCUCCCAAGCUUAUGCCUGAGACCCUCAGUCCUGCUGUUCCAGACUGGCGUGAGUCUGAGGCCUUGGAUCUGUCAAUCCCCCCAGAGUCUUCUGCAAGCAAGCGUAGUCAAGGAGAACCUGAAGAGUCUGAUGUUGAUGAGGAGGCUGGGGACUGGCGUCCAGACAUGUCUCCUUGCUCCAACGUAGUGGUGACAGAUGUCACUAGCAAUUUGUUAACCGUCACCAUAAAGGAAUUCUGCAAUGCUCAAGACUUCGAGAAAGUCGCUACCAGCAAAUAAGAACAGAAAGAGAGAACCCCUCAUGUAAGAAGAGCAUGGAGGAUAUGGGCCCUGAUAUUUAAAGGUUCACUCACUCAUACCAAUUGAAGCUACGUCACCCUUUCCACAAGAGGUCUAUAUUUGAUAGGUGCUACCCUUAAAAUGUAAUAUUGGUGCUUACAUUUCUUUGUGUGUAAAAACUUAGUACGUUUUUCUGUAACAUUUAUAAGGAGGACAGGGAAAAAAAGACAAAAACACAAUGCACAAUCCUAUCCCAAAAGCUGUCUUUAUACGAUUUUAUCUAAAACCACAGACCUUACUGCAUCCCUAUCCAUUGUUUGCCAUUUGAGGGGCAAGAAAAACACAUUUAACAUCAAAUGUAUUUUGAAACAGUGGAUCGUGGAAGUAGUAGAACGGUUGUACAGUAAAGAAAAUGCCAGCCAUCAUGAAUUACUUUAAUGUCAUGUGAAAUUGUGGCAUCUGAAUGAAAUUGCAGCUAUAUAUAGAGAGAGAGAGAGAGAGAGAGAGAGAGAGAUAAAGCUUGGAAAUAUUUAUUUAAAAUCAUAACCAAUGAUUUAGCUGCAAAAAGCCACUGACAUUUGUACUUCAGUAUCUGUUAUUCAAUAUAUUUCUUUAAAAGUGUAGAAGCUUAAGCUAUAAAAAGCUGAAAUCUUGAAUAAUUUAUUUAAAAUAUUAAUCUCAAUAUAAAUGCAAAAUGAUGGGCAUAUAUUAGUGGCUACCAUUUAAUAUAAGGAGGUUCGCAGUACCCUAGUCCAGUUGACCAGUUACAGUUAGGUCCGUAAAUCUUUGGACAGAGACAACUUUUUUUCUAAUUUUGGUUCUGUACAUUACCACAAUGAAUUUUAAAUGAAACAACUCCGAUGCAGUUGAACUGCAGACUUCUGUCCUGUGUCACAUCAGACAUAAACACUAGUGUCCCAGUGCCACUGGCAGCCAUGCACACCCAAGCCAUCACACUGCCUCCGCCAUGUUUUAUAGAUGUGGUAUGCUUUGGAUCAUGAGCUGUUCCACGCCUUCUCCAAACUUUUUUCUUGCCAUCAUUCUAGUAGAGGUUGAUCUUGGUUUCAUCUGUCCAAAGAAUGUUUUUCCAGAACUGUGCUGACUUUUUAGAUGUUUUUUUUGUAGCAAUGUCCAAUCUAGCCUUUCUAUUCUUGAUGCUUAUGAGUGGCUUGCACCUUGCAGUGCACCCUCUGUAUUUACUUUCAUGCAGUCUUCUCUUUAUGGUAGACUUUGAUAUCAAUACGCCUUUCUCUUGGAGAGUGUUGUUCACUUGUUUGGCUGUUGUGAAUGGGUUUCUCUUCACCAUGGUAAUGAUUCUGCGAUCAUCCACCACUGUUGUCUUCCAUGGACGUCCAGGUCUUUUUGCGUUGCUGAGUUCAUCAGUGCUUUCUUUCUUUCUUUGUCAGGAUGUACCAAACUGUAGAUUUUGCCACACCUAAUAUUGUAGCAACUUCUCAGAUGUUUUUUUUUCUGUUUUUGCAGCUUUAGGGUGGCUUGUUUCACCUGCAUGGAGAGCUUCUUUGACCGCAUGUUGUCAGCAAAAUCUUCCACAUACAAUCACGCCCCCCUCAAAUCAACUCCAGGGCUUUUUUUAUCUGCUUCAUUGAUAAUGACAUAACGAUGGCAUUAUCCACACCUACCAUGAAAUAGCCUUUGAGUCAAUUGUCAAUUACUUUUGAGCCUCUGAAAUGAAGUGAUUGUGUUAGAAAAAGGCUUUAGUUCCUCACAUUUGUAUCUUUUUGUUCAACCCACUGAAUUAAAGCUGAAAGUCUGCAGUUCAACUGCAUCUGAGUUUUUUUAUUUAAAAUUCAUUGUAAUGUACAGAACCAAAAUUCGAAAAAUAUUGUCUCUGUCCAAAGAUUUAUGGAACUAACAUGCCAUACUACACCUUUGAUACAAACUGUAUAAAUUUCAUAAGUCUUGGCAGAAUAUUUAUGGCACUGCUGUUUUCAUUAUUUGAUUCAAGUCAUUAUUGGAGUUCAAUGUUUUAACUGAGAAACUUUGGCCAAGGGUGCAACCGAUAGCACCAAAUUAGCAAUUAGCUUUAAUCAAUCUACGCCAGGUUGAAUAUUGAUAGCAAAUCUCUGGUUGCUAUGGGUUACUGCACUAAGAAAAUGGGUCUUGGAACAAAUCACACAACAUAACAGGCUUUGCCAUUUCCACGUGUUAAUUUGGGGAACUUUUGAGAGCUGCCCAUACAGAGGCUAAUGGUCUAGUGAUCUCCCAAGUUUAGUGUUUGGAUCUUAUGCGAAUUAACUUCUGCAUAGAUCCUUGUUAUAUUAUACAUAUCUCUUUGGAUAACUGGAUACAUUCCGUUGCUAGAGGUCUGCUGAUGACUCCAUAUACAUACCAGGGGGGGGUCAUUGUCAGUCCCCUGUCUGACAAUGAACUUUUUCAAACUUCCUGGCCAAUCAUUAGCCGGUGUGUGGGCAGCUUAGUAAUUUAAAUAGUUUUCCCAGCUUUCUUCAGACAAAACAAACUCGAAAAUGUGAAUGGUUCACUGCAGAUUGAGUGAAUGUAGUUUAAAUACUUCAGUUAUGAAAAAGCUAGUACAAGUCCUGGCAGGACUCAAACUCCCAUCUCGGUGCUUUAUUCUGGUGCUAACUCUUGCCUAUCCUUUCUCAACAGUUAAAUAUUUUCUUCCAUGCAUGUUCCUUCUUUAUCCCCUAAAUGCUGCAUACGACUAGGAUAUUCAUGCAAAUUAAACUUCCUCAGCUUCCCAAUGCAAGGUAUCCUGUUUCUGAACCAUAAAUAUUUUCCUGAUACUGAUGUGUGAAACAUUGCCUUGUUUUAUUUAGGUACAAAACAGCAUGGGGUAAGUCUGGUUUAUUAUAUUAGCCAGUGGUGCUUCUACUGCAAUUCAGCAGUGUCAUGUGGCUAGAUGAAGGGCGGCAUGCAGAAGGUCCUUGACCCACUUCAAGGUGACUGAAAUGAGCACAAUAUGCAACGCUUUUGCAUCUUGAUUUAAAAAAAAAAAA